AUGGCGCUCAGAGGUAGAGGCUUAGGCCAUUUUCAUUUGGUUUUACUGAUGUUGUGGACUCUGUCGCGAUACUCAGCAUCCAGCCAAGUCCGUCAAGAGUUUCAGGUUCUGGAGGAGCAGCCCAUCGGCACCUACGUGGGCACGAUAGAGACCAAACCCAGCUUCACGUAUCGCUUCAGCGAAAACCACAAACUUUUUGCAAUUAACGGAACAACGGGAGUCAUUUACACCUCCUCGGUGAUUGACAGAGAGGUUUUGCAAAGUGAUGUCAUUAACGUGGUGGUGCUGUCCAGCCAGCCCACGUACCCCACUGAGGUCAGGAUAGUAGUUUUGGAUAUUAAUGAUAACUCCCCAGUGUUUCCAGACGCGUCAAUAGUCGUUUCUUUUAAGGAGGACGCAAGUAGCGGGAGACAAGUGAUCCUGGACACUGCCACAGACUCAGACAUAGGGAGUAACGGAGUUGAUCACACCACGUACAGAAUAGUGAAAGGGAACGAACAGAGGAAAUUCCGCUUGGAUAUUACUGUCAAUCCGAGUGGAGAGGGUGCAUUCUUGCACCUUGUUUCAACCGGGGGCUUGGACAGGGAAGUGACACCCUUCUACCAGCUCCUGAUUGAAGUGGAGGACAAAGGAGACCCGAAAAAGUUUGGUCACUUGCAAGUAAACGUCACUAUCCAAGACAUAAAUGACAACCCCCCUGCAUUUGAGCAAGAUCAGUAUCAAACCAGUGUGUUUGAAGAUGCUGCAGUAGGUUCAAGCAUUCUGCAGAUCACAGCUUCAGAUCGGGAUGAGGGAGCCAAUGCUGAGAUCAGGUACUUUUUAGAUGAGGGGACACCUUUCCAAAUUGACCCUAAAGUAGGUACUAUUAUUAUAAAAGAAGGUUUGGAUUAUGAGAGUAAAAAAGAGUAUUCCCUGACCAUUCAUGCAGUAGAUAAUGGCGUGCCCUCUCUGUCAGGCAGAACAGAAGCCACAAUCAAACUUUUAGAUGUUAAUGAUAAUGACCCAGUUGUAAAGUUUAGGUAUUUUCCCACUACUUCAAAAUUUGCUUCUGUUGAUGAAAAUGCACAGAUUGGCACAGUGGUUGCUUUAUUAACCGUUUCAGACUCAGACUCCCCCACAGCUAAUGGCAACAUAUCUGUCUCAAUUUUGGGAGGGAACGAGCAGAAACACUUUGAAGUGCACACGUCUCCUGUGCCCAGUUUAAGUCUGAUCAAAGUGGCCAGUGUGUUAGACAGAGAGAGAAUUUCCUCAUACAACUUGACUGUGUCAGUGUCAGACAAUGGUAAACCCAUGGCUAGGUCCUCAUUUGCCAGUCUGGUUAUUUUUGUGAAUGAUAUCAAUGAUCACCCCCCCAUAUUUCAGGAAACACUGUACAGAGUAGAUAUCAGUGAAGAUAUACCAAAAGGCAGCUACAUUAAAGGGGUCUCUGCAACAGAUGGUGAUUCUGGGCAGAAUGCCAACCUGCGCUACUCCCUGGUGUCUGGAAACGCUUUGGGCUGGUUCUCCAUCAGUGAAAACAGUGGUCUGGUUACCAGCGCCUCUUUGUUGGAUAGGGAAAUAGCAUCUGAAAUUGUGCUCAACAUUAGUGCCAAAGACCAGGGGCUCCAGCCCAAGAUUUCUUACACUAAACUGAUAGUCAACAUCACAGACGUGAAUGACCAAGUGCCUACAUUUACACAGAGCACAUAUCAUGUUUCCCUGGUGGAGCACGCUCCUGCUGGCACUGAGCUGGUGGUGCUGUCUGCCUCAGAUGACGACCUUGGGGCCAAUGGAACUAUCCGGUUCUCAUUUGAUGCAGAAACUCCAGCCAGCGUCCAGGAGCUGUUUCGUCUGGAUACCAUGUCGGGGCGAUUAAGCACGGCUGUGGAGCUGGACAGGGAGGAUCAGGCCUCAUACUUACUCCACAUACAAGCAGCAGACGCAGGCAGUCCCCCUUUGCACUCUAUAGGAAAAGUCAACAUCACACUUUGGGAUAUUAAUGACAAUAGGCCAGUUUUCUACCCAGUGCAGUAUUUUGCCAAUGUAAAGGAGAAUGAGCCCUCAGGUUCUUAUGUAACCACCAUUUCAGCAACAGAUCCUGAUUUGGGUCGAAAUGGCACAGUCAAAUAUAUAAUUACAGCAGGAGACGCCUCUAAAUUCCGCAUUAAUAGUAAUACAGGGAAAAUUACAACGCUGGUCCCCCUGGAUAGAGAAGAGAAAACUGCUUACCAGCUGCAGGUGACAGCAGCAGAUGGGGGAGGCCUGCGUUCACACACCCAGGCCAUUGUGACUGUUACUGUUAUUGACACACAGGACAACCCACCAGUUUUCAGUCAGAAGGUGUACAGCUUUGUCAUGUUUGAAAAUGUGGCUCUCGGGACAGUUAUAGGGACAGUAUCAGCCACCACUGUAGAUCUGAACACAAACAUUUCCUAUCUGAUCACUUCAGGGGAUCAGAGGGGGCUUUUUGCUGUGAGCAGUGCAGGUCAAAUCACAGCAUCCAGUCAGAUAGACAGAGAGGAGCAGGGAUUUUAUCAGCUGAAGGUUGUAGCCAGAGCUGGAGAGAUCACAGGAGAGGCCUUUGUUAACAUAACUGUGAAGGACUUAAAUGAUAAUGCUCCUCAUUUUAUUCACACUGUGGAGCAUGUGAGUGCUGUGGAAAACUGGAGCACAGGUCAUGUAAUAUUCCAGGCCAAAGCUUCGGAUCCUGACGAAGGUUUGAACGGCAUGGUGGUCUACAGCCUCAAAGAAAACCCAAAAGGCCUGUUUCAUAUCCAUGAGAGGCAUGGCCUCAUCACGCUGACUGGGCCGCUGGAGGUCACCACAAGUUCCUACGAAAUCGAAGUCAUCGCGUCAGACAUGGGGGUCCCCCAGCACACCUCCAGUCUUGUCCUCAUCAUCAGUGUUUACGACGUCAACGACAACUCACCUGUGUUUGAGCAGCUCUCAUACGAGGUCAUCAUCCCGGAAUCUGAGCCUGUCAACAGCAGGUUUUUUAAAGUGGAGGCCACUGACAAGGACUCUGGUCUUAAUGGGGAAAUUAUGUAUGACAUUGUUGGUGGCAACAUGGGUGAUGUGUUUGGCAUUUUUCCAGAUGGACAGUUAUACAUCAAAGCAGAGCUGGACAGAGAAAUACAGGAUAGAUAUAACUUAGUGGUUGUGGCGAAAGACAGGGCUGUAGAGCCACUGAGCGCUUCUGUCAACGUCAGCGUGAUCCUAGAUGAUGUGAACGAUAACCGCCCUCUCUUCAACAGCACCAAUUAUGUGUUUCAUUUUGAAGAGGAGCAGAAAAGGGGGUCGCUUGUUGGGCAGGUUUUUGCUGAGGAUAAGGAUUUUGGCCCAAACAGUGAGGUCAGAUAUAGUUUUGAGACUCCGCAGCCCAACCUUGAGCUGAACGCCAUCACGGGGGAGUUGACCAGCACACUGCAGUUGGAUCGCGAGUCGCUCAUGAGACAAAGAGGCGCCGCCGUGUUCAGCUUUGUGGUUGUCUCAUUGGACCAGGGUCUCCCUAAGCCCCUCAGAGACCAGGCCAAAGUGCAAGUUUACAUUCAAGACAUCAAUGACAACCUACCUAAAUUCACCAAAGACAUUUACCAGGCCUCCAUCUCUGAGUCAGCCCAAAACAUGACUCAGCUGCUGCGGGUGUCUGCUUCAGAUGUGGAUGAGAACAACAACGGACUGGUUCAUUAUCACAUUGCUGAAGGCAAUGAGGAAGGACAAUUUACAAUAGAUAUCAGCUCUGGACAAGUUACUUUAGUCGGAAAGCUUGACUAUGAAUCUACAUCCUCUUAUUCACUGAAAAUCAUAGCUGUGGAUACUGGGGCUGUGCCCUUAUCUUCGUCUUGUAUGCUUAGUAUUAGCAUCCUGGAUGAAAAUGACAAUUCCCCUUCCUUCCCUAAAUCCUCACUGUCUGUGGAUGUCCUGGAAAACAUGAGGAUUGGGGAACUGGUGGCCUCUGUGACCGCCACUGAUGCAGAUUCAGGUCAUAAUGCAGACAUAACAUACAGCAUUACGGCCACAAACAACCAUGGCACUUUCAGCAUCAGCCCCAACACCGGCAGCAUUUUUUUGGUUAAAAAGUUGGACUUUGAAACUCAGUCAUUUUAUAAACUCAACAUCACUGCAAAAGACAAUGGCAGACCACCCCGCUCCUCCUCCAUUCCUGUGGUCAUUCAUGUGCGGGAUUUUAACGACAAUCCUCCUGUAUUUGCCCCUGGAGACAUCUUUAAAUCCAUCCCUGAAAAUCUUCCAAUUUCUGCCUCUGUCAUGACCAUUACAGCACAUGACACAGAUGCAGACAUAAAUGGGCAGCUGGUGUACUCUAUUGUUCAGCAGAUUCCUCGGGGAAACCACUUCACCAUUGACCCGACCGCUGGACUCAUAUAUACCAACAAGGAAAUUGACAGGGAGUUCUCCAAUCUCUUUGAGCUGACAGUUAAAGCUACUGAUCAGGCGGUUCCGGUUGAAUUCCGCCGAUUUGCCCUGAAAAAUGUCACAAUAUGGGUCACAGACUUGAAUGAUAAUGUUCCCACCUUUGUGUCCCAGAAUGCCCUGGUGGCUGAGCCCAACAUAGUCAUCGGCUCUAUCCUGACAACAGUGGUGGCCUUUGACCCUGACGAUGGUGCCAAUGGGGAAGUGGAGUAUGAACUUUUGGAAGGGGAUUCAGACACUUUCAUCAUGGACAGGUACAGUGGGGAUAUUCGUCUUGCCUCACAGCUGGUUCCAUCCCGACUGAUGUACACCCUCACAGUAUCUGCAACUGAUCAUGGUACUGACCGCAAGACCUCCAGAACCGAGUUGACCAUCAUUCUUCAAGGGAUGGAUGGACCUGUUUUCUCUCAGCCCAAAUACAUCACCAUCCUCAAGGAGGGCCAGCCACCGGGUACAAAUGUCAUCUCCUUGGACGCUUCGAGCCCAAGAGGCUCUGCAACCAAAGUGGAGUAUUUCAUAGUUGCAGUGCGCAGCGGUGGAAAGGCCGUUGGACGCCUUUUCACCAUCGGUCGUCACACAGGAGUGAUACAGACAGCCACAGAGCUGGACAGAGAACAGGGAUCUGACCUCUACCUGGUGGAUGUGUAUGCCAUCGAGACUGAUGCCAGCCAGCCCAGAACACAGCGUGCUGAAGUGGAGAUCACACUGCAGGACAUCAACGACAACCCGCCUGUUUUUCCUAAUGAUAUUCUUGAUGUGACCAUUGAGGAGAAUGUCGGAGAUGGCUUCAAGAUAAUGCAGCUAACAGCCACUGAUGCAGAUGAGGGUCCUAAUGCCCUUGUGACGUACACCAUCAUUAGCGGUGCAGACGACAGCUUUCGUAUCGACCCUGAGUCCGGUGAUCUGAUUGCCACCAAGAAGCUGGACAGGGAGCGUAGAUCAAAAUAUUCCCUUCUGGUGCGUGCAGACGAUGGAAAACAGUCAUCGGACAUGAGGCUGAACAUCACCGUCAAAGACGUCAACGACCACACGCCCAAGUUCUCCCGAGCAACGUAUUCGUUUGAUAUCCCAGAAGACAUGUCACCAGGCUCCAUCGUGGCGGCGAUCCUGGCCAGUGACUCUGACUCAGGGGUGAACGGAGAGGUCACCUACUCGCUGGAAGACGACGACGAAGACGAAACGUUCCUUCUCAACCCUGUGACGGGAGUUUUCAAUGUAACACGUCCACUAGACUAUGAGACUCAGCAGUACUACAUUCUGACGGCAAAAGCUCAGGAUGGUGGCGGGCAGGCCAGCACCGUCAGGGUGUAUUUCAAUGUACUGGAUGUGAAUGACAACCCGCCCAUUUUUAACACCACCGUGUACAGCACGUCUGUGUCUGAGAGUCUGCCACCCGGAUCCAGCAUUGUCACCGUUGGAGCUACUGAUGCUGAUGAUGGUCCAAAUGCUCAGCUUCUCUACAAUAUUGCAUCAGGUGAUCCUCAGGGUCACUUUGUCAUCACCAAGGAAGGGGUCCUCCAAACUAAGAAGGUCUUGGACCGGGAAACCCAGUCUUACUACAAUCUCGUGGUCACGGUCAAUGACAUGGCCCCACCUCCCAUGGCCCGCUUUACCAGCACUGCCCAGGUGUCAAUCAUUCUCCUGGAUGUCAAUGACUGCUCGCCAACCUUCACCUCCCAGAAGAUGACUUACAUCCAGGAAAACACACCAGUGGACACGGUGGUGUUCACAGUCCAGGCCUCAGACGCUGACAGCGGGCCCAACAGCUACAUUGAGUACUCUCUCAGAGGGCCUUUUGGUAAUAAGUUCAGCAUUGGCACAAUAGAUGGAGAUGUCAGGCUGGUUGGAGAACUUGACAGAGAGGAACUCUCCAACUACACUCUGACAGUUGUAGCUACUGAUAAAGGAGAGCCCCCUCUCUCCUCAACCAUGGACGUGACUAUGAUGGUUUUGGACGUCAACGACAACACGCCAAGCUUCUCACAGAAUAUCUACGACGUUGAGAUCGAGGAGAACAUCUUGACAGGCACCGAUGUCAUCCAGGUGUUUGCUAGUGAUGCCGAUGAUGGCACCAAUGGUCAGAUUCGUUUCUCCAUCAGUGGGGGAAACACAAACUCAGAUUUCCGGAUUGAUUCAGUCACAGGGGUCAUUUCAGUGGCCAGGCAGCUGGACCGUGAGACGCGUUCAUCUUAUUCACUGGUAGUGCAAGCUGCAGACCGUGGCAGCAACCCCAGGGUGGACCGUGCAACCGUCAACAUUGUUCUAUUGGAUGUAAACGACUGCUCGCCUGUGUUUGAGCUCUCUCCUUACUCAGUUAAUGUUCAGGAGAAUCUCGAGAACCUACCGAAAAACAUUCUCCAGGUUGUUGCCAGAGACGAUGACCAAGGUGCCAAUGGCCAGCUAAGCUACAUGCUCAGCGGUGGAAACGACGAGGGCGCGUUCACUCUGUCGUCCAGUGGUCAGCUGAGUGUCACCCAGACUCUGGACCGGGAGGCUCAGGGGAAAUACAUCCUGCUGAUCACAGCCACUGACUCAGGCUCUCCAUCCUUGAGUGGAACGGGUACGGUAACGGUCCUGGUAGACGACGUUAACGAUAACGUCCCUGUUUUCACAUCCUCCACCUUCCACACUACCAUCACAGAAGACGCCCCGACAGGGACAGAUGUGCUCUUGGUCAACAGCUCAGAUGCAGAUGUGGGCAUCAAUGGUGUUAUAAGCUACAGUCUGAGCGGAGGACAUGGCCAGUUCUCCAUCAACCCUGCAACCGGACAGAUUAUCACCAGCUCCCUGCUGGAUCGAGAGUACCGUGCCAAUUACCAGCUGCUGGUCAUGGCAACAGAUGGAGGGCAGCCCGAGGGCUUGUCCAGUUCCGCCACUGUGUCCGUGACGGUGGCUGACAUCAAUGACAACCCUCCACGCUUCCAUCACCACCCAUACGUCACUCACAUCCCUGCUUCCACUGCAGCAGGGUCAUUGGUCUUUGCCGUUACUGUCACUGAUGAGGAUUCUGGUUCCAAUGCCCAGCUGCACUACUCACUAAUAGGGCGCAACUUUGAGAAAUUCAAGAUUGACCCAGUAAGAGGUGCCAUCACCGCCAAUGAGAGGCUGACCGGAAAUUCUGAGGUUACCCUCACAGUUCGUGUCAAAGAUGGUGGAGCUAACCCCAAAACAGAUACAACCACCGUGACUGUGCGCUUUGUUACUGGAGGAAACUUCCCUGUCAUCAAGCUGAAGGAGCGUGAAUUCACCUUCCCAGAGAGUCAGCCAAACAACCACAUUGUUACAAUGGUGACAGGGUCCUCUAUGAGGGGUGGACCACUGUCGUAUUACAUUGCUAGUGGCAAUUUGGAUAAUGCUUUCCACAUAGAUCAGCUAUCGGGUGAGUUGUCUAUCAGACAUCCGCUGGAUUAUGAGCAUAUUCAGAAAUACGUUCUCUGGAUUGAAGCCAGAGAUCAAGGAUUCCCACCUUAUUCCUCCUAUGAAAAAGUGGAAAUAACUGUGCUGGAUGUGAAUGACAAUCACCCAGUGUUUGAUAAGGAUCCUUUCCAUGCUGAGAUAUUGGAGAACCUUUCACCUCAGCGAGUGCUAUUGGUCUCUGCUGUGGAUUUGGACAACGGGCCUAACGGACAGCUGGAGUAUGCCAUCAUGGAUGGUAACAAAGAGAACAGUUUCAGCAUUAAUCGAGCCACUGGUGAAAUACGAACCACCAGGCCGCUGGAUCGGGAGAAAGUGGCUCUGUACACUCUGAAAGUGAGAGCCACUGACCGUGGUUCACCACUAAAGAGCACAACGGUCAAAGUGCACAUCAACGUGUUGGAUGUGAAUGAUAAUGCCCCCAGGUUUUCCAAGAUUUUCAGCGCUACAGUGGCUGAAAAUGCACCAGUGGGUUACAUUGUCACCAGAGUCACGACCACAGAUGAGGAUGCUGGUUCAAACGCCAUUAGCCGAUAUUCAAUUACAGACACCAGUCUUCCAUUCAAUAUUAAUCCGAACACAGGAGACAUAACUAUUAGUAGGCCUCUUAACAGGGAAGACACUAAUCACUACAUCAUCAAAGUUUCUGCACAUGACUCUGGCUGGACAGUUAGCACAGAUGUAACUGUAUUUGUUUCAGAUAUUAAUGAUAAUGCUCCCAGAUUUAGCAGUCCAUCUUACUAUAUGGACUACCCCGAGCUCACAGAAGUGGGCUCCUUGGUCACGCAGGUGUCUGCCACUGAUCCUGAUGAGGGGUUCAAUGGCAAAAUAUUCUAUUUCAUUCGAUCACAGUCAGAGUAUUUUAGAAUCAAUGCCAGCUCUGGAGAGAUAUUUGUCAAGCAGCUGUUAAAGUAUCAGAACUCCACAGGUGCUAGCAGUCUAAAUAUAAACCGCCACAGCUUCAUUGUCACGGCCUCAGACCGAGCAGUCAAACCUUUAAUGAGUGAGACGACUGUGAUUGUAAAUAUUGUAGACAGCAACGAUAACCCCCCUGAGUUUGACUCUCCUAACUACUUCACUCCUGUCACUAAAAGUGUCAAGGUUGGCACUAAAUUAAUUAGAGUUGUAGCACAGGAUAAAAAAGACUUUGGCCUUAAUUCAGAGGUUGAAUACUUAAUAACAGGAGGAAACAGUUCUAGUAAAUUUAAACUAGACAAAACAAGUGGAGGGAUUACUGUGGCCUCUUCCCUCACUUCUGAUAUGAACAAAAUGUUCCUCCUCGACAUCACUGCUAGUGAUAGAGGAAAUCCUCCUUUGUCUGCACGGACGACAGUGAGGAUUGCAGUCACGGAGGAAAACCACCACACACCUGAGUUCUCACAAAGCCAAAUCUCUGCCACUGUACCAGAAAGCCUUGCUGUGGGAACAGCAAUAAGAACUCUGUCUGCCAGAGACAAAGAUAAAGAAAUGAAUGGCCUUAUUACUUACAACAUUACUUCAGGCAAUGAAAAGGGUCUGUUUGCACUUAACAGUAAAACUGGAGUGUUAUCUCUAGCUCACCCUCUGGACUUUGAAGAGAAGCAACAACAUGAGCUUAGAGUUUCAGCUACUGAUGGUGGUUGGAUUGCAAAAACAAGCUAUGUCUCUGUCAAAGUACAUGUGACUGAUGUAAACGACAACCCUCCUGUGUUUGAGCCUGACGAGUACUUCCCCAUUGUGCAGGAAAACGUUCCCAGUGGCACCACUGUGGUGAAAUUGAAUGCCAUAGACCGAGAUUCAGGAGCUAAUGCAGUCAUGGCUUACGUGAUCCAGUCAUCAGACAGCGACCUCUUUGUUAUUGACCCGAACACGGGCACCAUCACCACCCAGGGCUUUUUGGAUUAUGAAGCUAAGCAGGUCUAUCAUUUAACAGUGAAGGCCUUCAAUGUCCCAGACGAAGAGCGCUGCAACUUCGCCAAUGUCAACAUUCAGCUGAAGGGAGCCAAUGAAUACGUUCCCCGCUUUGUCUCCAAACAGUACUACUUUGAAAUCUCUGAAGCUGCUCCAAAAGGCACAGUGGUCGGGGAGGUUUUUGCCAGUGAUCGAGACCAAGGAGAGGAUGGAGUCGUUUACUACCUCAUUUUUGGAAGAAGCAGAAAGAAGGGCUUUGGCAUCAACAAGAAAACUGGGCAGAUUUAUGUCACAGGUACUCUAGAUCGUGAGAAAGAAGAGAAGAUUUCACUAAAGGUGUUGGCAAAGAAUGCAGGAAGCAUUGGUGGAGCAGAUAUUGAUGAGGUGUUUGUAAAUAUUACUAUUCUUGAUGCCAACGAUCCACCUGUUUUUACCCAAGAAUUGUACGAUGUGCAAGUUAGUGAAGGUCUGUCUCCUGGUGGCUUGGUCACCUUUGUAAGUGCGGAGGACUUCGAUUCUGUCCCAAGCUGGAGCAGAUUUUCUUACUCCAUUGCUCCUGAAUUUGAAAAAAAUGUUUUUACGAUCAACCCAAAAACUGGCCAGGUUUCUGUGGCAGCAGAGCUGGACAGAGAGACAACCCCUGUAUAUAAUCUGACUGUUCUUGCUGUGGAUACUGGCACACCCCCAGCUACAGGAAGCGCCACUAUCAUUGUAAAUCUAGAAGAUAUCAACGAUAAUGGCCCAACUUUGACAACCUCCUAUGCUGAAGUUAUGGAGAACCAAAGAGCUGGCACUGCAGUUACGACACUGACAGCCUCCGACCCAGACCUACCACCCAACCAAGGCCCUUUCUUUUACAACCUCCUGAGUUCUGGCUCUGCCAACAGUUACUUCAGUCUCAGUUCAGCUGGGGUGUUAACCACCAGCCGGGAGAUAGACAGAGAACAAAUUAGUGACUUCUACCUCUAUGUAGUGAUUAAAGACUCUGGUGUGCCUCAAAUGUCCUCUACAGGAACAGUUCACAUCAAAGUAAACGAUCAGAACGACAACCCUUCUGAACCACGAUCCAUGGAAAUCUUUGUCUACUACUUUGGAAAUAUGUUUCCUGGAGGAUCUCUGGGAGACGUCAAACCACAAGACCCUGACAUUCACGAUAGAUUUCACUGCUCUCUUAUCCCUCCAUCCUCCAGUCUGUUUGGUAUCCCAACAGGAACGUGCAACCUCAACUCCAAAGCCCGCUCAACAGACGGAACCUUUGAACUAACUGUCCGCAGCAGUGAUGGUGUCCACGGUUCAGUCAGUAAUACAGCCAGAGUUCUGUUUAUUGGGUUUACUAAUGCCACUGUGGACAAUAGCAUACUCAUCCGACUCCAGUCUGAAGGAGUCAAAAGUUUUCUGACCAAUCACUACCUCAGCUUCUUACGCAUUGCCAACUCUCAGCUGGCAGGACUAGGCACAGGGGUCCUGCUUUAUGGAGCAUUUGAGCUUAACAAUCAGACUUUCCUGAUGGCAGCUGUGAAACGCGGCCAUGGACAAUAUGUGAACCCCAGUGGUGUGGCCACAUUCUUUCAAAGCAUCAAAGACAUUUUAUAUAGACAGAGCGGGGUGCAAAUAGAUGCGGUGGACCAUGAUCCAUGCAUGCAUAACCCAUGCCAGAAUGGAGGCAGCUGCAAGCGGCGUCUCAGUGUCGGGCCUGAUAUGAAGACAGAAGAAAGUGUCCCUGUGAUCCUUGUUUCCAACUACCCUCUGCAACCAUACGCCUGCAGCUGCAGACCAGGAUACGCAGGAGCUCUAUGCGAGACAGACAUCGAUGAGUGCCAGCCAUCGCCCUGCCACAAUGGUGGCACCUGCCACAAUCUAGUGGGAGGUUUUUCAUGCACCUGUCCUGAAGGUUUCACCGGGAUGGCCUGUGAGAGGGAUAUCAAUGAAUGCCUUUCCAACCCCUGCAAGAAUGGGGCUCUGUGCCAGAACUUCCCCGGCGGCUUCAACUGUCUCUGUAAAUCUGGAUUUGCAGGCAAAACGUGUGAUUCCAUCAUCAAUCACUGUGAGUGUAACCCUUGUUUUAAUGGCGGGUCCUGUCAGAAUCGGGUGGAUGGAUAUUACUGUCAUUGUCCAUUUGGGGUUUUUGGUAAACACUGCGAACUUAACAGCUAUGGUUUUGAGGAGCUUUCCUACAUGGAAUUUCCUUCUUUGGAUCCGAACAAUAACUACAUAUAUAUAAAAUUUGCCACCCUGAGGAACAACGCGUUGCUUAUGUACAACCAUGACAACCAGACUGGAGACAAGGCAGAGUUUUUGGCACUGGAGAUCUUCGAGGGACGGAUGCGCUUCUCCUUUAACUUGGGCAGUGGAACUUAUAAACUGAUGACCAUGAUAAAAGUUUCAGAUGGGCAGUUCCACACAGUCAUCGCCAGGAGAGCUGGAAUGGCUGCAUCCCUGACUGUGGACCUGUGUGGUGAUGACCAUGAACCAGGCUACUGCGCUGUGAGCAACGUGGCAGUACACACCGACUGGAUCCUAGACGUGCAGCCCAACAGGCUGUCGGUUGGAGGAGUGAGGUCAAUAGAACCUGUCCUUCAUCGGCGCGGUCAGGUCGCCACCCACGACUUUGUCGGCUGCAUCAUGGAGUUCGCUGUCAACGGCCGCCCGCUGGAGCCCAGUCAGGCGCUGGCAUCUCGGGGCAUCCUUGACAGAUGUCCAAGACUGGAAGGAGCCUGUACCGCCAGCCCUUGCAGACAUGGGGGCACCUGUUUGGACCACUGGUCCUGGCAGCAGUGUCAGUGUGUGGACGGUUUUACCGGAAAAUUCUGUGAGAAAUAUGUAACAGCAGACACUGCCCUGUCUCUGGAUGGUACCGGUCGACUGGACUACGGCCUCAAACAGGGCCCCAAACGUGAUGUCCUGCUGAGACAGUCGGUGGAGGAUGUGGCCUCCAACCCCGUCACUCCCAGCAGCCUGGAGGUCAAGUUCAGAACACGCAGCAAGAGCGGCACUCUACUGCAUGUGCAGGAAACCAGCAACUACACGACCAUCAAGUUAAGAAACGGGAACAUCCACUACAUCUCAGAUGCAGGGGUUGGUGGGAAGGUGGAGCGAACCGUGGGAGAUGUGGUGCUCUCAGAUGGCCAGUGGCACACGCUCCAGCUGGUCAAAAAUGGAUCAUCCACUGUGAUCCAGGUGGACAGCAUCCACCCCAAAGUUAUCCAGCUCACCACCCAGAACUUUGGAGGUCUCAGUGUUUUAACCUUCUCUUUGGGGGGAAUCCCACCCGGACCCGCUCAGCAGAAAACCGGAGCAGGAUUUGACGGCUGCCUGGCCUACGUGAAGUACAAUGGGCAGAACCUACCAUUUGAGGGGGAGCACAGCCUCGUCACUUUAACCAAGACCAGUUCUUCCGUCAAGAUCGGCUGCAGAGGUCCCAACCUGUGUGAGAGCAGCCCAUGCUGGGACGGCCUGAUGUGUGUCAACCAAUGGUACACAUACCAGUGCGUUCCACCUGGAGACUGCGCCUCUAAUCCCUGCCAGAACCAGGGCAGCUGCGUGCCUGACCCACGCUCAGGAUACACCUGUGUCUGCUCAGAGUUCUACACUGGCAGGACUUGUGAGACAUUGGUAGCCUGUCUGGGUGUGCAGUGUCCCCAGGGUACCGUCUGUAACUCAGCCAAUAAUGGUGGAUUUGUCUGCAGCCCCAGCCCAGAGGUAGAGACUAUGUCCCUCCCCAUUUGGGCGGUGCCGGCCAUCGUUGGCAGCUGUGCCACUGUCCUUGCCUUGGUGGUGCUCAGUCUUAUCCUGUGCAACCAUUGCAAGGACCGCAACAAGACCAAAGUGCCAAAGGAACCCAAGGAAAAGAAGCCCAUGGAAAAGAAGAAGAAGAAAAAGAAGAAGGGGAGUGAGAAUGUAGCUUUUGAUGAUCCAGACAACAUCCCACCAUACGGAGAUGACAUGACAGUUCGGAAACAACCAGAAGGCAACCCCAAACCAGACAUCAUUGAGAGGGAGAACCCUUACCUCAUUUAUGAUGAAACAGACAUUCCCCACAAUGAGACUGUCCCCAGUGCCCCCUGUGCCCCCUGCAAUGGCCCAGAGGCAGAUAUUGAACAUUAUGACAUAGACAAUGCAAGCAGUAUCGCCCCUUCAGAUGCUGACAUCAUCCAACACUAUAAACAGUUCCGUAGCCACACACCCAAGUUUUCCAUCCAGAGGCACAGCCCGUUGGGCUUCGCUAGACAAUCUCCUUUGCCACUUGGAGCAACAAGCUACACUUAUCAGCCUCAGUACAGCCAGGCACUGAGGUCCACACCACUCAGCCACUCCCACUCAGCCUGCCCCACCCCAAACCCUCUCUCCAGACACUCCCCGGCCCCGUUCACCAAACCUUCCUCCUUCUACCGCAACACUCCCACCAGAGAGCUUAACCUGGCUCGUCGUGAGGGCAGCCCACUGGACAUGCACGGUGACAUGUGCCAACCGCCUCCCAUGUUCAACUACGCCACCCGGCUGGGGAGGCGUAGCAAGAGCCCACAGACCAUGGCCGGCCAUGGCCACACCUCAAGGCCCGGCAGUCGGCUGAAGCAGCCGAUUGAACAGAUCCCUCUGGAGACGGGACCUCCCGUGGGGCUGUCCAUCGAGGAGGUGGAGCGACUUAACACUCCACGUCCACGCAACCCCAGCAUCUGCAGUGCUGACCACGGCCGCUCCAGUUCAGAGGAGGACUGCCGCAGGCCACUGUCAAGGGUUCGCAACCCAGCCGACGGCAUCCCUGCCCCAGAGUCCUCUUCAGAAAGUGACUCACAUGACUCCUUCACCUGCUCGGAGAUGGAGUAUGACCGGGACAAACCUGUCUCUUACAGCUCUCGGGUUCCCAAGCUCUCACAAGUCAAUGAGUCCGAUGCUGAUGACGAGGACUAUGGCGGGAGGCUCAAGCAGAGGCGGUACUUGAGUCGGCGUGCAGAAGGUGGGCCUGGUGUCACCCAGAUCCCCUCUGCUGAGCAGUACCACACUCUGCCUCACAAACUGGGCCAGCAAGCAGGGGGCUUCAACUGGGACAAUCUGUUGAACUGGGGCCCUGGCUUUGGACAUUAUGUAGAUGUAUUCAAGGACUUAGCCUUGCUCCCCGAAAAUGCAGCAGCAAAAGACAUUGAAAUGAACAGUGGGGAUGGCUCGGUGACCAUCCUAAACGAAGGAGAAGCGGAGCAAUAUGUAUGAGACUAUUUAUUACCGUGUUGUAGAAUAUGGUGAAGUUAUCCAUUAGAAAAAAAGACUGUAUAUUUUGAGAGAACAUUGGUUUUGGUGUUUUUUUUGUUGUUGUUGUUUUUUUUUUUUACAAUAUUCAAUGUAAUUAGACGACUUUUAAUGCAGUAAGGCAGAAAAAUGGCAUCUGUAACUUGACAGAUUUUUUUUUUUUUUUUUUUUUUUGUCACCUUGGAUUAGUUUGACGGUCCUUUCUGGGUUCAAACUCUACAAUCGUACAUUCAUAUCUCCAGGCCUCCUUACAGCGUAUCCAUUGACACCGAAUGGCUCUAGAAAGAAAUCCCUGCCUGAAUUCAAUUUAGAGGCUGCAAAGCUUGAUUCACAUUAUCUUGAUCAAAUAUUUCUGUUCUCUAUUACCGAUAUUAGCUCUCCUCUCCAAAAACUUCUGUCACAUUCACAGCUGAGAGAUAAGAGCUGCGAUAAUAUGAACACUCACAGGAAGAUAAUUCCAACUUGAGUGUUAAGAAAACUCCCUUUAUCUGUUAGGGGUCAAUUUUAAUUGUUUUAAUGGGAAGCAUGUGUGUUUGAUCCAACUGCACCUGAAAGGAUACAGCCCUUUGCGUGAAUGUAAGUGCACAACGAGGACUUGCAUGGUAUUAUAGACCCCACCUAUGAUGUGAUCCCUUUCGGUCUCUGUCUUACUGUGUGUUUUCUCGCAGUAGACUAUCUAAGCGCUCUAAGAAUGAGAUGUAAUUGAGUCUCCUGCCUUACAGACAUUUGAGGAUUCUUCUUUUUUUUAUUAUUUUUGCUGGCCUGAGGAGAAGAGGCUUUCAGAGGGUAAUAUUGUUGUUUGUUAUGAAAAUUACAUUAACAUUCUCUGACCAGCCAAGUGUCUCUCGGGAAAAUACGAAGAUGACGGUGAUGAUCCUGUAAAACAACUAAAAACACUAUGAAUUUGUGUACAUUUUUUUUUUUUCAUGAGAAAUCAUGGAGUCAUUUGUCAUGUUGGCGUACUUCAUUAUUUUCACAUGUAUGGUUUCUACAUUUUUGUACUGUUUAUUAACUUAAAUUACUUAAGCUGUGUUUUUAUGGAUAUUUUCAUAUGCUGAAAUGUAUGUUCUUACUUCCGGGAAAGUAAGAUUGAUGACUUAUUUUUUACAUUUGUUACAUAUGUAACAUCAGUAUUUUCCACUUUUGAUAAAACUAUAACAUGCUGUAUGCUUUGUACCUGUAAAAAGCCAAUAACUGAAUAAAAAAAUAUUUAUUUAA